AUGUGCACCAAGGGCAGAACUGAAGCUUCUCAAGGGCUUGGUGGUGGAGAGAAGAAUGGAAUGGAGGGAAUGGUAGUAGGAAUGUUGGGAAUAGAAGGCAUGCUUGGCAAUGGUGGCAAUGUGACCUUAGGGAGAGUAGGAAUAUUGGGGAUACUAGGAAAUGGAGGCAGAGUUGGCAUAGGCAAAGAUGGUUGCGUAGUUGGAAGAGUUGGUAUUGUGGGUUGUGGCAGUGAUGGAAUAGUUGGUAGAGGAGGCAAAUUUGGUAUCUGCAAAAGAUUGCGAGCUGCCAGGCCGAUGUCGAUGCUCGAAAAUGCAAAUGCAAUGAAGAAAGCCAUCAACAAGUAUUUGCAACAGGCCAUCUCUCUAUUUACUUGA